CCCCGGUGGCUAUACACAACUGCCUUCCUCCGCUAGCUUAAACCGUCGGAUACUCGCGAGCAGGCAUUGCACUCCAGUCAGAACACACACGCAAUCAGCGGAUAGAUCCUUUCUACUCCGCGCUCGUUUCAGUUUCACCAACGUAUAUGAACAUGGAUGUCGACAGCAGAGUUGACUCGUCGUAGACGAUGCUGUAAGGCCACAAGUAUGACGGAGAGAGGGUGUCGUGACGGCGGGUGAAGCAAGUGACGACUGGGAAGCCGGGGCAGCCUUACCUGCGUUUCGGGGCACCAGUCACGGGUGCAAGCUACACACUACACUCACAGUACGGCCUGCCUGCCUGGCUCGCUUGGUGUCGGACCAGCCAAUCAGGCCAUACACAAGGAAGGAAGCCCGCAGUAAUGCAGGCUGGCCGUAAUAUGACAACACGUUUCUUCAAUGUAUCCAUACUUCAGUUCGCACGUAGGCGCUGGAGCCACAGGAGCUAUACGUCUUCGCCGAUAUGAAAAAAGGCUCUCGGAAUGAUUGUACUGUGAACAUAUUUGUAAAGGAUAUUAAAUCCAGUGGGAAAUGUCGACUGUUGUAGAUCCUCAAUGCUGUGAAAAUAUUAAUUUGUUACUUGGCCCUACAGUGUCACGAUGUUGGAGUACAUAGCUGUUGAGGCGUGUGUUGGUACGGAUAAACGCCUGGUAGCCCCCAAUGCAUGGGGAUAGGGGGGACUGGGGCGACAUGUGACGAUCCAGCUGACCAUAUACUAGGAUCUAACGUUGUAUGUCUCGUUUUGCACAGCGUACGCUGCAUACAUACACACCUUCGUUGUAUAAUCACCCAGCGGAGAAUUCACAAGCCACUGAACUUACACAAAAUAUUAUCUGUAUGUUUUCUUCGAGUGGAGAGAUGUGAAUCCUACCCGCUCUGUGACUUGACUUGGUAUACACGACAAGGAGGGGGUCACGGGGCUUCUACCCCAGGGGCACUCAUGGCUCGACCGGUAUAACAUUUUCCCCGGAGUCGGGCUCUGCCAUACCAAAACACGUGUCCACUUCAGCAUGAGCGCGGUCUCCAGGACAACCAGUCUUGUGCUCCUGCUUAGCCUCACGUUGAUUGGUCCGAGCUUAGAGCUCUUAGCAGCUUCUCAAUCCAGACCGGCAUCAACAGACAAUAACGGGAUAUCAGGAAAAGCAUCUGUGGGAAAAGACAGCGACUUUUUGAAAAUCGUGGAAGCUGGCUUGUUUAACAAUCUCGGUUUAAAGAGUCGCCCCAAUCCCCAGCGAAAGUCCGACAUACCAGAUUACAUGUUGGAACUGUACGAUCUGUACUCAAGCCGGUCUGGCUCAGCCAGUCCAUUCCUGAAAACCAAAGGGAGAGGUCUGACCUCUGCUAACACUGUACGGAGUUUUCUUCAUACAGAUGUGGAGCACACAGAUGCCGGUUGUGAUGAGAAGAACUGUGUUCGGAUGUGGUUCAAUAUCUCUACUAUCCCCGACGUUGAGGCUUUAGCAGCAGCGGAGCUCAGGGUAUUCAAGGAUGUGUAUAAAUUGCUGGAAGCUAACAAAAAUAAUAGUGCUGUUAAACAUGCAAAGACACCCCAGAGGCACCGGGUGGAGGUGCAUGAGAUUAUGCAGCCUCUGGGUCAGAGCACUGAGUGUAUAUCAAGACUUAUAGACACCAAGGUUGUGGAUCUUAAGAACUCUUCCGCAUGGGAGUCUUUUGAUGUUCAUUCGGCAGUAUUAAAGUGGAAGAAGCGGCCCCGGUUAAAUCAUGGGCUGGAGGUUAGACUAAUAACAAACAACCCCUCUGUAACUACAGAUACGCAUGUGCGGUUACGACGCUCAGCGUCGAUGUCCGAUACUCACUGGCAUACGCAAAGACCUUUGUUAGUGGCUUACACGGACGAUGGCCGAGGGCCCAAGCCCCGCACGCGUAGAGCCAGCAAUCGGGCGCGGCGCCGGAAGCAACGGAAGAAGAAGAGGCGGCGGAGGAAGCACAAGAAUCAGUGUCGUAGACAUGCGCUGUAUGUUGACUUCAAUGAUGUUGGGUGGAAUGACUGGAUCGUAGCGCCUAGUGGUUACAAUGCUUUCUAUUGCCACGGAGACUGUCCAUUUCCUCUGGCGCAUCAUCUCAACUCCACAAACCAUGCAAUAGUUCAGACUUUAGUCAACUCUGUGAAUCCAAGUGCCGUGCCCAAGGCGUGCUGUGUGCCCACUGAGCUGACUGCUAUCUCCAUGUUGUAUUUGGACGAAUGGGACAAGGUUGUGUUGAAGAACUACCAGGAUAUGGUGGUGGAGGCCUGUGGAUGCCGAUAGUAACCUGGCCGGCACACAGAAAACACUAUGCAAGCUUCCGUGCCUGCUGUCGUUAGUACCACAUAGUAUGACAGGACAUUCUGUGGUCAUCAGCUCCUAGAGUCAAAUAUCUUCGCCAUCUUGCUUCCGGGACUUCCGGCAACUGCUGGCAGAGAGGAUACGGCACCAAUAGGAGCUGCACAUGGUAGUCACGUGACUGGUCAUUACCUCAGCCAUGUUGCAGGUUUUAUGAAUGUGAAGACGAGGUGUGUUCGGAAUAUUAAAUUACACUAGUCAUGGCAUGGUGAUAGAGAAAGAGAGGUGGCUACACAAGACCUACCCUCCAGUGGCUCUGAGAAUAUUGCUGACACUAUUCCGAUCGGGAAGGACGAUAUGAGUGCUGUAGAAAAUAUUGGAGUCGAAUGCUCAACGCUUACGACUCCCCCUUCACCCUACCCCAUUCCCCCACCCACCUUUCCCCCACCCUCCCCACCCAACCCAAGUUGAGCGUUGUGAAGCGCUCAGUUAUGCUGGAUAUUGUACAUAUAUUUAUAAAAUAUAUUUUAAAUGUUUAAUUUUAUUUCAGUUAACCUUUCCUAGCGGUUACUCUGAAUGAUGUUAAGGAUUGUACAUUUAUUGUAAGUUUACUGUGUACAAUCUGCUAGGAGCAGGUGCGCGCGCAUACCUCAACAAACGUCACAAUGUGACUGUGACUUUGGACUACCUCUGUGUUUUGCAGCUGGCUACUCGGCACUAGUAAUAAACCAAUUCAUCCUCAACACCGCGGGCGACUACCAGCGGGUUUAUAACGCUCUAGACUCAUAUACUAUAAAAUUACUGUCUUGAUUAAACGUUUGUUGAAUAAUUAUUUCUAUUAUGGAUUCUAUGCUUGUCUUUAGCUAGUUGUAAAACACAGAAUUUUAAAGCAUGUUUGUUAAAGCAACUUUAGCUAAGGUACAACACUAUGGGAAAGUUUGAUAUUUAUUGACUGUUUCGCCGCCCAUAGUGUAAUCGGCUAUAGUUACUGGAGAUAUGUUACGAUACUGAAAUUUUAUGCUACAUUUCACGUGACCAAAGAAAUGGUCACGUGACUGGUAUUACAGUCUGAUGAAACGUACACUAAAAUGAAAAUAAAAAAUACAUGUAGAACAAAA